GCAGCGCACCACCUACCCGCAACAGCGAGCACGCCGCCGCACGCCGCCGCCCUCGCCCGCUCCGCUGCCGCCGCCACGCCGCCCGCCGGGGCAGCGCCUCCUGCCAAUGCGCCCAUCCCGCCCGGAUUGCGAUGGCUCGUGCGCGGCCAGUUUGACUCCAACCCGUGCCGCUCGACGUGCAUGCUCAACCCGGUGUACGAUCUGCUCCCGCGCAUGGAGUGGGUGCGUGCCUCGGGCAUCUGCCAGUCGCCCUCCGACUUUGCCUACGAUGAGGCCUCCGAUUCGCUCUGCUGCCCCUCGCCUAACUAUUGCUGCCCCAACUCGCUCGCGUCGUGCGCGCACCCCGACGCGGUGCUCUUCGACGCCAUCUCCGCCAACGUCUCGCGCGACGCCAUCGCGCAGCUCUGGCCGCUCACGCAGGGCCGGCCGCGACGAUGGCUCAUGACGCCACGCUCCAUGCGCUAUGUUGCGGGCGUGUGGCGGCAGGCCGCUGCCGACGCCGAGGGCGCCGCACGUGUGCGCACGCCCUCGCCCUUCCACGCACGCAGCCUGCGCGCACCGCCGAGGUUGCGCGAGGCCGCCGCCGUCCUCGAGCAGCAAGCCGCCGCGACGAGCGAAGGCGGCCCGUGCGCCGCCGGUGCGUCGGAUCGGACGCCCUUUUGUCGCGGGUAAGUAUCGGGCGACCUCCGAUAGACCUGAGGUGAAGAGGC